AUGGCUCGCCGGAUCGUGCGAGCGGGCUUACAGCUCGGUGUACUCACUGCAUUUAUCCUCCUUGUCGUUCUGUUUCUCGACAGUCAAUUCAGCGUCCUUCCUACCUCCAUCCAUGGCCACCUUCCGAUGCACUACCCCGGCUUCGUGAUCACCGAUGUAACAGUCACCACAUGCUCCGCGCUCAAUCCCUUCUCAAGUUGCAACCUUGAUCCGGACGCCUGGCACCGUAUCGACAAAGACCUGUACUUGCGCUCGGGCUGGACCUCGAAGGCCUAUGUCCAAUUCCAACGAAAGAAAGAGGAGGACCUGGGUCCAGAUGACAAGGUUGUCAUUGAUUUGAAGAUUGGUCGCGUUACACCCCCCGCCGAAGACACAGGGAAAGGCGAAGCGGAAGUUUGGGAAGCCCGUCCUGGUGGGAUCUGGCUGAAACGAACAGCCUCCCGUCAUGCCAGUGACUCCGGUCAGGCCGUUACCUAUGUCGAUGUCCUUUUCGGUGCCGACGCCGUGGAUCCUCGUCCUAACUGGGAAAUAAAGGACAUGCCUUUGUUGCUGGAUGGUUGGACUGAGAAGCUGGAGACUCGGCUGAGCAUUCGACGUGGCAACCCGACCAAAAAGUCAAAGCCUGUCCCCAGAAUCAAUGAAAAUGGGAAAUUCAAGGUCAUGCAGCUGGCGGAUGUUCACCUGAGUACGGGAACGGGACACUGUCGAGACCCUAUUCCGGCCGAGUCUGUGCCUGGACAAAAAUGCGAGGCCGACCCACGAACCUUGGAGUUCAUUGAGCGACUUCUAGAUGAAGAGAAGCCGGACAUGGUCAUUCUCUCAGGUGAUCAGGUCAAUGGUGAGACCGCCCCUGAUGCCCAAAGUGCUGUCUUCAAGUCUGUGAAACUUCUUGUCGACCGCAAAAUUCCCUACGCAGCCAUUUUUGGCAACCAUGACGACGAAGGCGAUCUCAACCGCGAACAGCUCAUGGCUCUCUACGAAAAUCUCCCAUACUCUCUUUCAACCGCCGGCCCCGAAGACAUUGAUGGGGUCGGCAACUAUAUUGUCGAAGUCCUCGACCGCGGCACGGGCACACACUCUGCCCUUACAUUCUACCUUCUCGACACUCAUUCCUACUCCCCCGAUGAACGCCAGUUCCGGGGCUACGAUUGGAUCAAGCCUAGUCAAAUUCGCUGGUUCAAAAACACCGCUCAAAGCCUGAGGAGAAAACAUAAGGAGUAUACUCAUAUACAUAUGAACAUGGCAUUCGUUCACAUCCCAUUGCCCGAGUACAGGAGUUCCGGCAAGUAUUUCCAAGGUUCCUGGGACGAAGCUCCAACAGCGCCAGGAUUCAAUUCCGGAUUCAAGUCUGCCCUUGAAGAAGAGGGCGUUCUGUUCGUCAGCUGUGGACACGACCAUGUCAAUGACUACUGUAUGCUCGAUCAAGACGAGAGCAACCAACCCUCUCUGUGGAUGUGCUAUGGAGGUGGUGCCGGUCUGGGAGGUUACGGUGGCUACAACGACUACGUCCGCCGUGUCCGUUUCUUCGACUUCGACAUGGGUCCCGGUCGUGUAACGACCUACAAACGCCUCGAAUGGGGUCAAACCGAGGCCAGAAUCGAUGAGAUGAUGAUUGUCGACGGUGGUGCCGUUAAAGGCCCGAACGAAGCAUCUUAA